AUGUUCACCGGAAAAGUUGUACUCAUCACUGGAGCAAGUUCAGGAAUCGGGGCUGAAACAGCAUUGGAAUUUUCCAAAUUAAAUGCUAGCUUGGUUCUGACUGGAAGGAAUGAAAAAAAUUUAUCCAAAGUCUGUCUUGAUUGCGAGAAAAUCUCUCCAAAUAAAUUAAAACCUUUAGUAAUCGUAGCUGAUCUUACUAAGGAAAAAGAUGUCGAAAAUAUAAUAAACACCACAAUAAAACAUUUUAAUAAAAUUGACGUUUUAGUAAAUAAUGCUGGGGUACUGUCUUAUGGUACUAUAGAAACAACAUCUUUAGAUCAAUAUGAUCUUAUAAUGAACACAAACGUUCGGGCUCCAUAUCAUUUGACUAUGCUUGCUGUACCAUAUUUGAUUAAAAGCAAAGGCAAUAUUAUAAAUGUUUCAAGUUUGGCUGGAUUGCGAGCUUUUCCAAGUACCCUGGCCUAUUGUACUUCGAAGGCAGCAUUAGAUCAGUUUACACGAUGCGUAUGUCUUGAACUGGCGCCGAAAGGUGUGAGAGUCAAUGCUGUUAAUCCUGGUGUGAUCGAAACAGGAAUUCAUUUAAAAGGAGCUAUGACUGAAGAAGAGUAUAAAGCUUAUCUCAUCAGAUGUAAAGAAACUCAUGCAUUGGGAAGAACUGGCAAUGUUAAAGAGGUAUCGUCUGCUAUAGUAUUUUUGGCUAGCGACGCUGCCAGUAAUAUCACUGGUGCUACAUUGCCUGUUGAUGGAGGCCGACAUGCUAUGUGUCCGCGUUAA